GCGGCUGGGCGGGACAGGGCGCAGGCAGAGCGCCAUGGUAACGCACAGCAGGUUUGACGGCGCCAUGAGCAGCAGCCCCUUCCAAGGCGGAGUGCGCCUGCCCCCCCACCGCUACAAAACCUUCAGCUCCAGGGCACAGUAUCAGAUGGUGCUGGCGGCUGUGCGCAAGCUGCAGGAGAGUGGCUUCUAUUGGAGCACCGUGAGCGGCAAGGAGGCCAGCGCCCUGCUGAGCGCUGAGCCCCCUGGCACCUUCCUGGUGCGGGACAGCUCUGACCACCAUCACUUCUUCACCCUGAGCGUGAAGACAGCCACUGGCACCAAGAACUUGCGCAUCCAGUGCGAUGCAUGCUCCUUCUUCCUGCAGACGGACCCCCGGAGCUUGCAGGCUGUGCCGCGUUUCGAUUGCGUCCUGAAACUUAUACAUCAUUACAUGCCCUCAGCCAGAGGAGCAGGAGCCACCACAUCUGUGGAGCAGGCUGGAGUGGACAGUGUCGAUGGCAGCAGCGGGGUAGAUGGGAGUACGUACUUCAUCUACUCCGGAGGAGAGAAGAUUCCACUGGAGCUGCUCCGACCGCUGGCCUCCAGUAUGUCGAGUCUACAGCACCUCUGCCGUAAGACGCUUAACGGCCACAUAGACAUGUCCGCUAAGCGGGACCAGCUGCCUCAGACGCUUCAAGAGUUCCUUGAGGAGUAUGAUGCUCCCAUCUAAACAGCCACCAUAUGGUUCUGGAGCAGAGAUGCUGAACCAGAUGUGUCUUUAGAUGUGCAGAACUGUAUGGGCAGUGGCAGAAUUGACCAGCAAAAGCCCAUAAAAAGAUGGGAGAGUGGAGCAGUGGCACAAGCACCAGAGUUUAAUGGGUGUGAAUGGUUUGCUCCAAAAAGCUCUUGGCAUCUAUCAGUAUUGCAGGCCAGCCAUGGUCUACCGUGCCUUUGACCUCUGUAGUGUGAACUUUGGGCAGUCGGUUGCUGUAUGUGAUGGACAGCACAAAGUAUGUACAAACUGUUGAACUGAUAGCAGAGCAGCCGUGGACACGAGUGACACCAGAUCGCUCGGUCAUCAUUUUUAGCCCCCAGCUUUUUGUUCUCGGGUCUGUUCUGCAAACAGACCCUGCUGAAGAUUCACACAAGUGAGAUGAAGUUAGUGCAAGGGUUAAAUGUGCUGCUGUGGCUAAGUUCUAGCCUUUUGCCAUAGGAAAAGCUCUCUCACACUUUCUCAUCCCCUGUUGACAUUUUGACUCUGCGUUCGCCUGUGUUCAAGGGAGUGCCUAGAGCUGGGUGUUUGCAGUGACAUAUACAUUUCCACUGGGGCUUGCCAAGCAUAACUGCCUCAUGAGUAGGUGCAGGGAAGCGGACGGGGCAGAUACUCACUACUGGCACCGCUGUGUCAACACUGGCCACUAUGCGGGGUCACAACACAAGACUGACGUUUCAAAAACGCAUUGAGACGGAAGGAUCAAAGCAGACAGGAGAGGCCUGUUUCUACAGGCAGUUUCAACCUCUGGUCUUACACCUCUCUCUGAAGGAAAACUCGGCUGACUGUUGUAACUUUGUUCUCAACAGGAACCAAGGUAAACAGUUUCAGUUUUGCUGGGAAAUGGCAGACGAAUAUAAAACAACAUGCUAGUGAAGAAAUUACAAUACAAUACAAACUUCCAAGAGCUGACCGUUUCAUGUACUGUGAAGCAAAGCCAAGCACAGUAUGCAAGAGCCUUAUUUACUGGUCCUGGAGUUUGACAUGGAGGAUUGUGUUCCUCUAAAAGCAGGGGCGUUCAUUCAGACUGUAUGUGCUAAGGAGUAAUCAGUCAUGCCUCGUAACCCUCGUUCAAUAACAAUGACGUAGUGUUUCUUUCAGCAGGACAUGCUUUCUACAAUUAAAUGAAUGUAUUGUGAGUCAAUGGAAGGGCUUAUGGUUCCACUUGUAGUUCUUUGCUUUUUUUGUAUUUUGUCCAAGAGACAAUGUUUACAUGUGUCACCACAAGAGGACAACAUGUUUUGUACUCUGUCUUUUAUAAAGAUGUGGCAUCUUAAGGUCUAAUCUAAUGACCCACAGUGCAAGCUUGAAAAUCAGAAAAAACAAAGGCAUUACAAUAAAAAAUGCAGCAAGGAACAUUGCACAUAUUUAUAUUUAUAAAAUAUUUCAAUAAUUUAUAUUAAAGAGUACUAUUUUUACAAAACAGAUCUUGCUGUGUGCUUUAACUUCUUGAGAAAAUCCAUUCUUCAGUUUCGUUAUCACAUGCAUCCAUGCACAGUUUGAUACUUGUCCUGUUUUUAUUUCUUUUGCUUGAGCAUUCUGUGUAGAAAACAGAUUUUCCUCUUGCUAUACACAGACACACAUACGCGCUGAUGGAAAUACCACAGCUACUCUCUCUCUCUCAUAAACAAAGAACUGAGGCUCUCUUUUUUCACUCCUUCAUGUUUUGUGUGUGUUCUCACAGGAUGUCACCUUGUGCAUUCUCUUCAGCUCAAAGCUAAACUCUGCACCUCCUUUCACCUCAGAGCUCUAAUAACUUCCUUUAUAACUAUAUCCCACAACAUCACACCAAUCUCAUGUAAAACAGCUGCAUAGCCAUGUAACAUCAAGGUGGGAUCCAGCAGUUCACAUUAAAUAUGUAUAAUUUCUUUGAGUUUUGACCAUCUAUGAAAUGCUAUACUACAUAAACUGAGUUUGCUGCUGUAUUUAAAGUCGGCAGACUUUUUUCCUCUUGCUCUGAGCACCAGACUCCAAGCUCUUAAUGAUGCCUCAUUGAUUACUGACUCCCUGAUUGAUUAUUUUGCACUGUAAGUAAAAGCUGUUAUCAGA